GGUUUCUUCCGUAGAGACAUUUCUUAGCUUGAAUAUUUUUAUGCUUGCUUUUGGUUUCAAAAGCUGUUUUUGUGUGUGCCUGUUUGCAUGGAUCUUGUUUAAAUUAGUAGAGAAGGGAACAAAAAAUCGUGGAAAAUGUCUAAGUUGUACUGGCAGCGCCCCCUCCAAACAGGACCCUCAGUCGUCCAGCCAUGCAAUAAAUACUCCACCACAGCGCGGGGCAUUGCUAGCAGGAACAGCAAACUUCGUCUCUUUCUCCAACAACCCUCAGCAAAAUGAAGCAAAAGAUCGUGAUCAAGGUGCAGAUGAGCUGCGACAAGUGCCGGUCCAAGGCCAUGGAGGUGGUGGCGGCCACGCUCGGCGUCGACUCCGUGGCCAUCGACGGCGAAGGCAGGGACAAGGUCGUCGUCGUGGGCGACGGCGUCGACUCCAUCAAGCUCACUGGCGCGCUGCGGAAGAAGGUGGGGCCCGCGCACCUGCUGCAGGUCGGCGAGGCCAAGAAGGACGACAAGAAGCCGCCGCCCGCCGUCGUGCCCGCUUAUUACCCGCCGCCGCACCCGGUAAACGUCGUCUACGACCACCCUGCCGGCUACCCGUGGUACGGCUACCAGGCGCAGCAUGACACCACCAGCUGCUCCAUAAUGUAGAGACAAAGUAAACAGCAGACCCCGCAUACGACAUCCGUACGUAUGUACGAUCGAGCGGAUAGUAUUUUUUUACUGGGGAAAAUAUUCUAUGUUCGGUUUUGUUUAUUAGUUUGUAGCGCUACUCUUAUAGUUGUUACAACUCUAGUUUUUUCCUUUGCACUGGGUUGAAGUGGAAACCAUAUUUUAG